AUGAGAACCGGCAACUGCUCCGGCUUCACCGACGAUGACCCAUGCUAUGCCUCCAAAUGCGUGAGAGGCGUUUGUGUCCCACUUAUGGCGCCAAUCCUUAAAGCUAAGGAACAUACAAGGAGGAAAAUUGCUGAACGAGCAGCUCCAUUGAUAGACGCUAUCACGAAGGAAACAAUCACUUCUACGCCAGAUCCAGUAGAGGCGUUAUUGGAACUUGUGAACGAGGAACAACUGUCCGAUGACUAUAACUUGACCAUGGCGUAUAACUCCACAUACACAUAUAAAUCAGUGAUUCCUCAGGGACCAAAUAAUCCUGCUGGGUCUAACGGCAGUGAACCAGAAGAACUACCACCGUCUACCCAAACUUCUCCUACCACCACCAAUUUCACAAGCAAAGCAACUACUACAAAGAUCUCCUUUACCAAUCCGCUCUUUGACAAUCCACACUUCGAUCGCCGGCUUCGAACAUGGGUCUACGGAUUUGAUGACUUCUUACCGUAUCCGUCAGCAUACUUCCCAGUAACGGUUCUCGCCAGCAACUAUAGGCCACGCUUCCCGCCAUCACGCAGCCUUGGCGACGUUAUGGUAUUCAGCCAAGGAGAAAACCUACCAAAUGGAUAUACGCAUAUUGUAGAGCACGUGCUACUGCAUGCUGCGCGAGGACCAGUGGUUCGCCAAGGCAGUGGCUGGGCCAAAUGA